CGUCAGCUUUUGUGCUCCUCAGAUGCUGUUUGGCCUGCUGUGCUCAUCCAACUUCACAUCGGUAGUUCUCCUCCUGUCCCUGCCUCUAUGCACACACACUGCCAGGCAUAGUCUUCCUCCCUCUGUGUGUGUGUGUGUGUGUGUGUCUCUCUCUCGCUCCAGCUCCUAAAACCUAAGAUGCAUCGGAUACACACACACAUCAACAAGCCAUGGGGAAAGAUCAGGAAUUACUGCAAGCUGUCAAAACCGAAGAUGUAGCUGCAGUGCAGAAGCUGUUGCAAAGGCCAAAACAAGGCAAAGCGAGACACAAUCAUUGCCUUCGAAGCUUCAUCAUGAUACGACAUUGCAUUUCUGAAGAGGGAAGAAGAAAUCAACAUGCAAAUUCAAUUCCAUGGUUUUGGAAGUCCCAUUGAGAACACGAUUCAUGUGCGCUGGCGUAAUGCUCUGACCGAGAAAGAAUCGAAGAACCAUACCAUUAGACUGUUUUGAUGAGGAACUUAAAAAUUAUGAGUCCCGUCCGUUUGACUCAGAGUUUGGUACCAUAGGUUGGUACGAUCUUCGUUGGAGAAGGAAAAGGGAUGUUCCAGAUACAGAAAAUAGUCAAACCAUUUACUACAAAGUCCGUUUCUGGGUGGAGUUAGUGGAACCGAAAAAGAUGUCUCCCUCACAGCAUUUGUGACAAAAGAAUUGCAUCGUUCCUUGGCGGCCUUUCAACAGAAGAAUAUUCAGAGAUUUCCCGAGUGAUUCUGAUGUUGGUAACUGGAAAGCCUCCAUUGUUGGAGGACGAGAAGCCGUAUCCAAUUGAAGCAGCACAGGCUUUUGCGAUGACUGUGGAAACCACUGCUUAUGCCUUGCUUCAAGCAUUGUCAAGGAAUGAUAUUGACUAUGCAACACCGAUUGCGAGGUGGCUAACGAUGCAACAGAACUGUGGUGGUGGAUUUCACUCGACGCAGACAACGUCAGGUGAAGAUGUGCGUGAUUUCAGCAAGGUGCUUAAAAAUAAGUUCAGAUCAAAGAAACACUUUGCCAAACAUCCUCGCUUGAGUUAUUUACUAGUACAAACAGUUCUAGAAGGCGAGAACCUUGAGGACACAAUCAUCGCCUUGGAAGCUUCAUCACGAUACUACUUUGCAUUUCUGAAGAGGGAAGAAGAAAUCAAUAUGCAAAUUCAAUUCCAUGGUUUUGGAAGUCCCAUUGAGAACACGAUUCAUUUGCGCCGGCAUAAUGCUCUGACCGAGAAAGAAUUGAAGUACCACGCUGAGUAUUGUUAUCCCGAUAGUUCUUUCGUAUCAGUCCGUGUGUAUUCCUGGGCGAAUGUGCUCGUGUGGUCUCAGGAGUUGCGGAGGUUACGGCUCUGGGACAGCCGUUUCAUCGCCCUAUGCUGCAGGAAAAAAGCAAUGUAAGUGCCGUUAAUGUUUUGCACGGCGAGCUGCUGCAUACUAACCGGUCUCACACCAUUACCAUCACCUUGCCCUUGUGAAGGCAGAUAUGGAUAAGGUUCUCAAAGCUGAUAGAAGAUUGAAACCACUCUCAUCCUGUGACAAUGAACCUACCCCGGAAGAGAGAGCCCAGAGAAUUGCCAAAGCUGUCCGCAAACAGUCAACAGAAGUGAAGGAAAAUUGGGAGCAAUUGAAAACCCGUGCGAGCAACUGGCAGAAACAGGUGGAAAAGGCGUUGGAGAAACUUCAAGAACUGCAGAAAGCGCUGGAUGAUCUUGAGGCUCAUGUGAUAACAGCUGAGGGGUUCCACACUGAUUGGCAACCUGUGGGUGACCUGCUUAUUGACUCAUUGUAGGAUCACAUUGAUAAAACCACAGGUAAGGACUAUCUUCAAAAUCUGAGAUUGGGUUUUGAAAGACAGCAGCCUUUGUUUUGGAGAGAUAAUGGGAACUGCAGAUGCUGGAGAACGCGAGAUAACACCGUGUGGAACUGGAUGAAGACAGCAGGCCAAGCAGCAUCUCAGGAGCACAAAAGCUGACGUUUCGGGCCGAGAACCUUCUUCAGAAAAUGGGGAGGGGCAGCUUUCCUGGAGCAAGUCUGGUUUCCUUCGGAUGAGACGACUUUCAGACAUACUCCCUUUAUUAUGAGAUUUAAUUGCGGUAAAAUGAGGAGGAUUUUUAUUCACUGAGACACACAUGACUAUAUGUUUAAAGCAUUGGAAAAUGCGUUCUGUUCGGACUGUCAUGUUAUCUGGUGUUUGUACCAGGCUUUCCGAUGAAAUGCAAGUGAUUAAGGAUGCUAAUGAUGCCACAUGUUAUUACAAGAGGAAAUGAACUUCCAAGUCAGGAUUUUAUGCCACAUUAAUACAUAGCAUAUACCAUGCAGCAUGGAUGCAGUGACUGAGUGAAAUAGGGAUGCAGUGUCGGAGGGAAAUAGGGAUGCAGUGACUGAGACAAAUGGGAUGCACUGACAGAUGGAAAUGGGAUACAGUGCCUCAGUGAAAUGCUCACAACGAAUUGCCCCCUCCAGUCCUGACCCGCUCUCAGCAACUUGCCCACUCCAGUCUUGACCCGCUCUCAGCGACUUUCCCCAUCCGUCCUGACCCGCUGACAGCGAAUUGUCCCCUCCGUUCUGACCCACUCGCAGCGACCUGCCCCUACAGUCGUGACCCGCUCACACCGACUAGCGCCUGCAGUCCUGACCCGCUCACACCGACUAGCGCCUGCAGUCCUGACCCGCUCACAGUGACUCGCCCCUGCAGUCCUGACCUGCUCACAGCGACUUCUCUCUGCAGACCUGACCCACUCACAGCGAAUUACCCCUGCAGUCCUGACCCGCUCAUUGCGACUUGCCCCUGCAGUCCUGACCCCCUCUCAGCGACUCGCCCCUUCAGUCCUGUCCCAAUCACAAGGACUUGCCCUCUCCAUCCUUACCCGCUCACAGUGACUUGCCCCCUCAGUCCUCAGCCCCUCACAGCGACUUGCCACCUCAGUCUUGACCCACUCACAGCGACCUCCCCCCUCUGUCCUGACCCCCUCACAGCAACCUGCCCCCUCCGUGCUGACCCCCUCACAGCAACCUGCCCCCUCCGUGCUGACCCGCUCACAGUGACUUGCCCCUGCAGUCCUGGCCCCCUCACAGUGACCUGCCCUCUCACUCCUGACCCGCUCAACAUUGAGGAAACCAAGCGCAGGCUUGGGGACCGCUUUGCAGAACACCUCCACUCGGUUCGCAACAAACAACUGCACCUCCCAGUCGCGAACCAUUUUAACUCCCCCUCCCAUUCCUUGGACGACAUGUCCAUCAUGGGCCUCCUGCAGUGCCACAAUAAUGCCACCCGAAGGUUGCAAGAACAGCAACUCAUAAUCCGCUUUGGAACCCUGCAACCCAAUGGUAUCAAUGUGGACUUCACAAGCUUCAAAAUCUCCCCCUCCCCAACUGCAUCCCAAAACCAGCCCAGUUCUUCCCCUCCCGCGACUGCAUCACAAAACCAGCCCAGCUGUUCCCUUCCCCCGACACCAGCCCAACCGUUCCCUUCCCCCGACUGCUUCCCAAAACCAGCCCAGCCUGUCUCCGCCUCCUUAACCUGUUGUUCCUCUCACCCAUCCCUUCCUCCCACCUCAAGCCACACCUCCAUUUCCUACCUACCACCUCAUGCUGCCUCCUUGACCUGUCCAUCUUGCCUGGACUGAACUAUCCCCUCCCUACCUACUCACCUGUACUCUCCUCUCUAGCUAUUUUGUUUUCUCUCCAUCUUCGGUCCGCAUCCCCCCCCUCUCCCUAUUUAUUCCAGUUCCCUCUCCCAUCCCCGUCUCUGAUGAAGGGUCCAGGCCCGAAAUGUCAGCUUUUGUGCUCCUGAGAUGCUGCUUGGCCUGCUGUGUUCAUCCAGCUCCGCACUUUGUUAUCUUGGAUUCUCCAGCAUCUGCAGUUCCCAUUAUCAGUGGCAUUUUCCUCUUCAUCAAAGUUUGUGCAAAAGCAACACGAUAUGGGGCGGCACGGUGGCUCAGCGGUUAGCACUGCAGCUUCACAGCACUGGGGACCCAGGUUCAAUUCCAGCCUCAGGCAACUGUGUGGAAUUUGCACCUUGUCCCUGUGUCUGCGUGGGUUUCCUCCAGGUGUUUCAGUCUCGUCCCACAGUCCAAAGAUGUGCACGCUAGGUGGAUUGGUCAUGCUAAAUUGCCCAUAGUGUUCAGGGGCGUGGGUCUGGAUGGGAUGCUGUAAGGUUUGGUGUGCACUUGUGGGGCCAAAGGGCCUGUUUCCACACUGUAGGGAAUCUCAACAAUCCUGUUCCGACACCUCCAUGUUAUAACCCUGCUGAUCACUGCACACAGAGAUGUUUGAUAACAAAAGGAUAACAAUAAUAUUCAAACCCAGUGCUGGAAAUGUAAUUUAAAUGAGUAUUUGAAAUACAGAGGCCAGUGUCGAUCUUCAAUUCAACUUUUAUUUACAAAUGAUCUGUCUUCAACUUUAGCACUGCCUCAUUCAGAGAUAGUUGCCAGGGUGUCAGCGUCUCUGACCCUCACACUUCUUAUCUGUCAGCCAGGGCUCCCUGAUUUGGGCUGUUCAUAUGGAGCAAUCAGUCAACUCUCAUUCUGAGAGGUUCAACUGGCCGACCUGGUCACAAACCAGUGCGGUGUGUUCAUCGAAAAUCAAACAUGUACUAGAAAGGUACCAUUACAUACUAGUGUAAAGGAAGGCAUGAGGCUAAACUGGGGAGAGAAGGGAACUGCUAAUUGGGGGUGGCCCGCCGAGUAGAAGAAAAUCGAAUGGGAAGAUGACCAUUUGAGACUGAGGGAGAGAGAUGUAAUUGCCUGAAUGAGGCAUUGCAAUUGCGAAAUGGAUUUUUGUGUGUACACCAUGUUCAGUUUCCCCGAUCUGUGCUCCUCUUUAAAUCAUUAGUAUCUGAAAUUUCUGUAUCAUUUCCAAAUGCUCUGUCUCUAAUGUUAUGCUGUUGGAAUUGGUUGAACUGCAGAGAUAUCAUUUAUUUGCACAAAUGUGUUCAGUGAAAUGAGUUGCAUGCUAUAUAUGUAUUAUUCUUCCUGAUUCUAUUGUACGCAUACAAAUUAAAGUUAGUUCCACUUUUG